AUGAACCAGUUUGGAUUAAUGCAUCUCUGUAUAUUUCUCAUGCAUGCGACGAUUUUCUUCUAUGGUGUUUGCUCUAAUAGUUCACCAUGGACACAGUGGGAUAAUAGUAAUGAAAAGAAGUGGUUCAACAUCUCAGCUCUGCCAUCUACAAGCAAAUCAGGCUUAGCUCCACUUCAUAGUAGAAGGUUUACACAAUUAUCCUUUUCCAAAUCUGUAUUUUCAUUUGAAGUGAGGGAAGACACACCACCUGGGACAAUUGUGGGACAUGUGGAGGCAGUAUAUAGUGAGGAGAAUGAAACCUCAGUGUACUCUGUUCAGGAGGAUGAUGGUGAUGGUCUUUUCCUUCUCAAUCCACAUUCUGGCGAAUUCCUCCUGUCCCGUGCUCUGGAUUUUGAGAUGGAGCGCUACUAUAUCCUGACUGCAGCAGCUCAGCAGGGGGACAGUGAACUCACCAGGGUCAGAGUGUACUUCAGUGUGAUUGAUGUCAAUGACAACCCACCAGUGUUCAGCCAGAAUGCCUUUUCGGCCUCCAUACCAGAAGACUCACCUGUUGGAAUGUGCUUUCUAAAUCUCAAUGUUUCAGAUCCAGAUGAGGGUAUAUAUGGAGAAGUGGAUGAGUUGAUGGUGACAUCUGGAAAUCUUGAGAGCAAGUUCUCUAUAAACCAGCAUCAAGCUCUAUGUCUAAGAGGGGAGUUAGACAGAGAGACAAACGCAAUGUAUAGCCUCAUUGUCCAGGCCAAUGAUCGUGCUCUACCAACAGAGGCUCGACUUACAACCUCAGUGCAUGUCACCGUCUAUCUUCUGGAUGUCAAUGACAACUCCCCUCUCAUCACGACCCCCAGUACUGUUAGUUUUCCAGAGAACACACCUCUUCAUUCUGUCGUUACGGUUAUACAGGCCACAGAUGCUGAUGCUGGAUCCAAUAAUGAAGUUGUUUUCAGUUUUGAGAGUGCAGAAGAAGAACCGUUUAGUAUAAAUAGUUCGACUGGGGUUGUGUAUCUGCGGAAGCCGCUGGACAGAGAAAGCAAGGAUGUUCUCACAGUCACAUUGAACGUCAAAGAUAAAGGUGUUCCUUCGUUGCUCAGCUCAAUGAACCUCACAGUGCUUAUUGAGGAUGUUAACGAUCACAAUCCAGAGUUCACUCAAAGCUCCUACAGUCUUUCAGUUUAUGAGAAUGUACCUCGUGGAACAAGCCUGCUCAGAGUUAACGCAAGUGAUCAAGAUAUUGGGUCAAAUGGGCAGGUGCGGUUCUCUGUCUCAGAGAAUGAGUUCAUGGUAGACUCUGUUCUAGGUGUGGUCUUGGUGAUAGACAAGAUGGACCAUGAGAAGAAGCCUUUCUACAGCUUUUUUGUCACAGCAGAAGACCAGGGAGCUAUUCAAAGGUCCACCACAGCAACCAUUAACAUCACAGUCCUGGACGUUAAUGACUGUGUUCCUCUUUUUUCAUCCGAAUCACUGACAUUACAUGUCUUUGAAAAUGGGGAAGACUCUUCUCAGCACUCCCAUCAGAUACAUGCCUCUGAUGAAGACUCUAAUGAAGUUAACGGUCAGCUGACAUAUUUUAUAGAAUCUGGAAAUGAUGAGAGUCUCUUCUCACUUCAUCCCAAUGGAACGUUCCAAAUCUUAGAAGAUCUUGAUAGGGAACUGAAAAGCCAAUACAUGUUAAAAGUUAUUGCUGUUGAUUCAGGAUUUCCAUCAUUGACAGGCACAGGCACCUUGGUUAUUGUUGUUGAUGAUGUCAAUGACAACAUUCCGAUUUUUGAUAGUGAGUCGUUCAGUACUCACAUAUUGGAGGAUUCUCCUGUUGGGACUGUUUUUCUGAGAGUUACAGCAUCAGACAUAGAUGAUAGUACAAAUGGACAGCUAAGAUAUUCUUUAGAUAGCCUAGAUAUUCCUUUUUCUAUCAAUGAAACAUCGGGAGAUUUAUUCACCGUAAGUGCCUUAGACAGAGAGACAGCAGCUUUUUACAAAUUUUUGGUGACUGUCACUGAUGGACAUCCCACGAAGCCUCUUUCCAGUUCAGUUGUUGUUUCAGUAACAGUUGAGGAUGUGAAUGAUCACUUACCGUCCUUUCUUUAUGGACCAUAUGUGGCUAAUGUUCCUGCUGGGAUAACCAAAGGAUCAGUUGUCUGCGCAGUGAUGGCAGAGGAUGCAGAUGCUGGAUUGAACGCAAAACUAAAUUUUUCUCUGCAUGGCCAACAUGCUUAUCUCUUCUCCAUUAACUCUCGCACAGGAACAGUGUUCACUACAGAUUCUGUGAAGAAAAUAAAUGAUAUCACAGUUGAAGUUCAUGUGCAGGAUGGAGCAGAUCUGCCAAAAAUGGACACAACAACUUUGACUGUCAGAUUCCAGAAUGAUACAUACUUUCCUCAUAUUGCAGUCCAGGUUUAUAAGGACGUCCUCUCUGAGGAUACACCCAAAGGGACCCUGGUGGCAAUUGUCACUGCAGAAACACAAAGAAAUGCACCAGUGUCUUUCUAUCUGGCCUCUGGAAACUUUGGGGAGGUUUUUGAGCUUCACCACAGCACUGGUGAGCUGACUGUCAAGGAUCCCUUAGAUUUUGAAAGCAACAUGCAUUUUCAUCUAGUAGUUGAAGCCAGAGACUCAGGGAUACCGCCUUUUUCAUCAUAUGCUGAACUUAAUUUGAAUAUCAGUGACGUAAAUGAUAACCCACCGGUGUUCUCGCAAAACAUCCACAAAUGUGAAGUGUAUGAGAACUUGGCUUCAAGUAGGGUGUGUAAUGUGUUAGCAACUGAUUCCGACUCUGGAGUGUUCGCAGAGGUGGAGUAUUUCAUUUUGGCUGGUAACAUUGAGGGUGCAUUUAAAAUAGACAAAAUUCGUGGCAUUCUUUCCACAACAAAACGUUUGGAUCGAGAAAAAAUACAAUAUUAUAAUCUUACCGUCAAGGCCAUUGAUAAAGAAAACAACAGUCUUUCAGCCAUUGCAGCGGUUAUCGUUGUAGUUCUUGACACAAAUGAUCAUGCACCUCGUUUCUCACAGAUUUUCAUCACAGAGGUUCCUGAGGAUGCUCCUCUUGGCUUUUCAGUCAUUCAGAUAAGUGCUACAGAUGAAGAUGUUGGUCUAAAUGCUGUCAUUGAAUAUACAAUCAUCGGCAAAAAUAGUGAGUUCCCAUUUAGUAUUGAUAAAACCACGGGCAUUUUACUAGUACUGCAUCCUUUGGACAGAGAAGAUCAAGAUCAUUAUAUAGUAAAGGUUAACGCCAAUGAUUCUGCUUGGAGCAUCAGCACAGACGUCACCAUAGACAUUACAGAUGUCAACGACAACACACCGAUCUUCUAUCAACCGCGUUACACUCUCACUGUUCCUGAGAUGAAGAUGCAUGAAGUUUUCCUUCUACAAAUUAGUGCUACUGACAGGGAUCUUGGUGAGAAUGCCCAAAUCCUCUACUUCAUUGACCCACCAAAUGAACUUUUUUUGGUUAAUGCAUCAACUGGGGAAAUUUCAACCAAACAGCCCAUUGUUCUCCAUGAAUCUGAAUCUGUAAAUUUGACUUUCACAGUUGUGGCGUCUGACUGUGGCAGUGUUCCUUUGAACAGCUCUAGCAUUGUUUCAGUGACAUUAGUACGGCAUAAUCUGUUCCCACCCUCGUUUUUACCCUUCAGGCCUUUAGUACCAGUCCCUUUAACCCUGGAUGUUGGAACAGAAGUGAUCCAAAUAUCUGCUGUAGAUCAAGAUUCUCUUGAAAGGAACAACAGUGUUGAGUACUUCAAUAGUGGUGGCAAUGGAUCUCUUUAUUUUGAGGUAGAACAUAACAGCGGAAGAGUGCUGGUAAAUAAAACUUUAGCAAAUAGCCUUAGCACCAUCCUAACACUUCAAAUCACUGCCAAAGAUAAAGGCCUUCCUCCUUUUUCUGCACAGACUGAAAUCAGUUUUGAAGUUACACAUAAGAACCUUUUUGCACCUCGUUUUCUUAACAGAAAAGUGGAGUUUUUUGUUCCGGAAGAUUUGCCCAUUGGUUCAGUUAUUGGAAAAAUCCAAGGCAAAGAUAUAGAUGUUGGCAUCAAUGGUGUUAUUUCCUAUUCUUUUGAUGGUGGGAAUGAUGAAAAUGGAUUGUUUUCCAUUGGACAAUCUUCAGGAUUGAUAAUGCUGGUUAAAGCACUUGACUUUGAGGAAUUCGAAACUCACCAUCUAAACGUCAUUGCCGAGGAUGGAGGCUGGCGUCCCAAGAUGGAGAGACUUAAUAUCACAGUAUAUGUAACAGACUUAAAUGAUAACCCUCCUGUAUUUACAUCCACAAAUUACAUUGCCACUGUUUCAGAAAAUGCUUUAAUUGGUACCUCAGUUUUGCAGGUUUGGGCGAAGGAUGCUGACACAGGAAUUCACUCCCAAAUCACAUAUUCGCUUAUUGCAGGAGACAUCCUUCUCUUCUAUUUGGACACCAAAAAUGGCACAAUCACCACUUCAGAGAUAUUUGAUUAUGAGCAAAAACAGCAUUUCGAACUUACAGUCAAGGCCACCAACAUCGGCUUUCCAUAUUUGUUUGAUAUUGUCCGUAUACGCAUCCAGAUCGCUGGCCUCAAUGAAUUCAUCCCUGCUUUCCAAAGAAAUAUAUAUAACUUCACAGUGUCGGAGGCUUUGCCAACACAAACAGAAAUAGGAAGGGUUGUUGCCAUAGACUAUGACCAAGGGCCUGAUGGAGAAGUGUUUUAUGUGCUUGCAGGACAAAGUAAAAAAGCUAAUUUUGUGGUGGACGAGCAUACGGGAAUAAUAUAUAUCUCGAAAGAUUUGAAAAAUCGCCUCCAAAAUGAUGAAGUCCUACAGGUGCUGGCAAAAAACAGAGGGGCCAUUACAGAAUUUAAUGUUGAUGAGGCAUUGAUACAUCUACACAUACUAGAUGAAAACGAUCCACCUAAGUUUGAUUCAAUGCUUUACACCGCAGCAGUGUCAGAGGACAUCUUGAUUGGGACCUCCAUAACUAAAGUCAAAGCGGUGGACCGGGAUGUGAUCCUAGAAUGGAGCAGGUUCUCUUAUAGCAUUGAACAUGGAAAUAUCAAUAGUUCCUUCAUUAUAGAUCCCGUCAGUGGGGUCAUUUCAGUUAACAGUCACCUGGAUAGAGAAAUGUGGGCAUUCUAUAACCUGACGGUCAUUGCUGUUGACGAGGGCUCUCCUGCUGUAACCGGAAGCACAAAGGUAGCUAUCGCCAUCUCUGAUGUCAAUGACAAUCCUCCCAAGCUGCUGACCACAGAAGGGUUUAUUCGAGAAAACCAACCUGCUGGCACUCUGGUCUCCACCUUAGCAGCCACAGAUGAUGAUCUUCCUCCAAAUCAAGGUCCUUUCACGUACUGGAUGAUGAGACCUGCUGAGGGGUUUUCACUCUCAUCUGAUGGCGUUCUUCUUACCUCAAGACCAUUUGAUCGGGAGCGAAACCCUCUUUUUCAUUCACAUAUUGUGGUUCAAGAUGCUGGUAGGCCACCAAUGUCUUCCACCACUUUGUUUCAUGUUAAAGUUCUUGAUGAAAAUGACAAUGCACCGCUCCAGAGAAACAUUAAUAUAUUGGUGAAAUAUUAUGGAAUCUCCUUCCCAGGAGGACUAAUCGGAAAUGUAAGACCAUCUGAUCAGGACGAACUGGAUGUGUUUAAUUGUACAAUCAAAAACGGGCCACUUAGGAUGUUUAGUUUCCCAUUCGGGAUGUGUAAUUUGUGGUCCUCCCCUUACCAAGGAGAGGCAACAUAUAAUAUUUCAGUUGAAGGGAGUGACCAACUCCAUUCUUCGGUCAACAACAGCAUCUACGUCAAUUACAAAGGCUUUACCAAUGUCUCUCUGGACAAUUGUGUGUUGUUCUACAUUUCUAUAUCAACUCUUGAGGAAUUUCUGUCUUUGAAGUAUUUAAAAUUUGUCAAAGCUUUGGAUAGCCUCUUUAACCUGAGAGCAUCCAAAACACAUGUGUUUGGAAUGAAAUUGCAAGGAGAUAAAAUGUUGCUUCUUGCUGCAGUGAAAAGCUAUAAUGGUCAGUAUCUAACUGGAGAGGUGGCAAGCGGAAUAUCAAACAUACAUAAAAAGUUACUGGAAGCACAAAGCAAUGUGACUAUAUCCCAAAUAACCAGCGACCCCUGUAUGCUCCGUCCUUGCCAUAACGGUGCCACCUGCAACAGAAACAUUCACAUCAGUCAGGAAGUUGCUGUGUUGGAAAGCUCUAGUCUUAUAUUUGUAUCUCCAUAUUUUGUGGAGAUCUUUAACUGCUCUUGUCGAGCAGGCUUUAUAGGUGAUGCAUGUGAGCUAGACUUUGAUGAAUGUGCCAAGGAGCCUUGCAAAAAUGGGGGAAACUGCUAUAACAAUCCAGGAACUUUUUUUUGUCAAUGCAAAGAUGGAUUCUCAGGACCACACUGUAUUAUAGUUGAUAAUGAAUGUCAAACGGUAAUUUGUUUAAAUGGAGGAACAUGCUGGAACAGACAGGGAGGGUUCAUCUGUGAUUGCAGCCCAGGCUAUGAAGGAACAUUUUGUGAUCAUAUUGUUGACCACUGUGCUUCCUCCCCUUGUGUAUAUGGAAACUGCUCCAGUUUUUUAACAGGUUACUCUUGCCAAUGUCCAUUUGGUGUGAGCGGAGUCGAUUGUGAAAAGCACAGUUAUGGCUUUCAGGAACUUUCUUAUAUAGAAUUUCCUCCAUUGGAUCCACAGUAUAACUUCAUCUAUUUGGAAUUUGCGACUGUUCAGCAAAGCGCUUUGCUUUUGUUCAACCAUGGUGGCCCAUCAACUUCAGACUUCCUGGCCCUUGAAAUAGUGAGUGGAAGACUGUGCCUGUCUUAUGAUCUUGGAUCUGGAGUCAUAAGAUUGGAAACAGGCAAGAUAGUGGCUGAUGGAAGUUUUCACAACAUCACCGUAAGAAGAACUGGAAAUAUAGCCUCUCUAGAAAUAGACAACUGCUCUGCCCAUGAACCUCAAGGCUUUUGCUUGCUGCAAAAUGGUGCCACUGGAACCCAAAGGACUCUGGAAGUGAGCUCAAAUAACAUCACGUUUGGUGGCGUAAAGUCCAUUGAUGUCAUUUUACAGAGGCAAAUCAGGACUCAUGACUUUGUUGGCUGUAUGAGAAACAUGCAAGUGAACAACUUCAGUCCAGAUUCCUUAAAAUCUUUGGCAUCCCAGAAUGUUCUUAAUCGAUGUCCACGAGGAGAUAUUCCCCCAUGUGAAACCGCAGUGUGUUUGAAAGAAGGAGUUUGUCAAGACCGAUGGUUUCACCAUCGCUGCCAGUGUAGAGACCAUUUCACAGGACCCAACUGUGCCAUGAAUUUGGCUGGGCAGAAUGUACUGUUUCUAAAUGGGGAGGCCUACAUUGAGUUUGCUGUCAAGGAAAUCUACAGAAGAAACCAGCUUCUCCAAGCCAUUCUGGAUGGGAAGGAAGGAGACUCUCAGGGAUUUCACAGUGUUGAGAUCAAGAUGAGGACUGUCAGAACAAAUGGUGUUUUGGUUGUGUGCUGGUGUCAAACCGCUCAUCUAAAACUUAAGAUAUCAGAUGGAAAACCUCUGUAUGUGUUCACCAAUGUCACAUCUGGUCAGCGGCUAGAACUCUCAAUGGAGGGAAAUUUAUCCGAUGGACAGUGGCAUGUUCUUCAGCUGCGCAGAAGAGGCUCAUACAUCUCUCUGUUUCUGGAUGAACGGCCUGUUGUGAACACCACCAAUGGCACCAUAACUCACUCCGCAUUCUUAGUGGAGACCAUUUUUCUGGGCUCUGCUCCACUGAGAGAGUCCAAAGAUGUCCCAGAGAUGAUCCAAAACUUAGGUUUCAGAGGGUGUGUGGAAUACAUCAAAUUCAACGGUCACCUCCUGUCCUUCAAUGGCUACAAUGAGAUAGUCGAUGCCAGCUCCAGCCCACCUGUCUUCCAAACCUUCUGUGUAUCUCCAAACCACUGCGUUCUGACUCCAUGUCUAAAGGAUUCCUGUCUAUCUGAGCCCUGCUGGAAUGAUAGUGACUGUGGAUCUUCUUCCAAAGACGACUACUGGUGCAUCUGUCUGCACAAUGUGUCUUCGUGUGGAUCUUGCUCAUCUGAUGUCGUCCACAGCGAGGCCUGUUCUCAAACCCAAAAGAGCGUCCCCUUAUGGAUUGUAGCAGUCAUUCUUCCCAUUGCCCUCAUUCUUCUGAUCCUAGUUCUCUGUAUUGUCCUCAGAAGACAAGGCAAAAGCUGUGAGGGUGAAAAGAGGAGUCAAAUCUACCUCAUGCCUCCAAGCAAACAGCAUGGCACGGAUAACCUGGCAUUUAGUUUAGGCCCUGCUGAUGAGUCUUCUCGGAAUGUCUCAAAUGAAGCCUGCAAGCAACCAGAUGUGAUAAAACCUAGGGAUUCUAUGCAAGGAGUGGAAAGCUAUCCUGAAAGUGGCCCUUCUUGUCAUGUCUCAGGUUUUGGAGGGAGUGAACUGGAGUACUAUGAGAUUGACAGCGCAUACUCGGAUGUGAAGACCCUACAGCUGAAGACGGAGGAUGAACGUGGAGAUCAGGUGAAUGGCAAUCCAAAAGUUUCUCAAUCCAACAUGCAACCUCAAACGAAUCAUAAUCCAUCUCCUAAACUUCAUCAGAGAACAUCUGGAGGUGAUUUUCACCAGUGGCAACGUCAAUCCCAACUGUUCUUCAAGAGAAAACUGGAUCCUGAUCUGACAGACCCUCCACAACAUCUCUCAGCAGAUGAGGUUGAGAAACUGAACACCCCACGGGACCACAAGGGAUUCCCACAUCAGAAUUUCAGAGAGUGUCCCAUAAAGCCAUGCAGAGAUGGGCCAGUAGAGACAUCAUCAGAGAGUGAAAGUCACUGCUCCUUCACCGGCUCAGAGUUUGACUGUGAGAGAGAACUGUCACUCAUCAGCUCACAUGACAAAGAUGAACAUCCACCUGAAGAUUGGUCCAGAGGACAGUUUAUUCUGAUAGCCCCUUCACCCUUCAGAGAUGUGGUCACAUCCCCCUCUGUCCAGAGUCUUCCAAACACCUCAGUCUCCGGCGGGAUCCAGCAGCUUGAGAAUCUCCUUAAUCUAGGAGUUCAUUUUAACACCUAUGCGGAUGUGUUUGAGGACAUAGCCAGCUUACCGACCCAUCAGCCAAAUCACUGCGAUUUUCAGAGUGAUCAAGAGGAAAUCAUUUGAAAGAAUGUUAAAAACAAGGUACACAGUUAAUUUAUCAUUCAUGUACUUUAAAUCACUGACCAAAACUGUGCCAGUGAAAUGCUGGUGAAUCAUUCCUUUCAUAAGAACAUUAAUAAAAGUGUAAAAAUA